CUUGGUUGUUGGCCGGCCGGCCACCACUCUUUUCCUUCCUUCCUCUUGUUCUUCCAUCUUCAAGGAGUUUGCAACUAGCUUUUCUUGGCUGGCCAUGGCCAGCAGCUUUGCUAGCUGUUUGCUCUUGCCCUUUGCCUCUUUACUAGCUCGUUCUUCAGCGUCAGUUGGUGUGCUUGAGCUGGUCUCAAAUCAUCCUGAUGAGCUUCAGCGUCUGCUAGCUGCCGGCCUGUGUUGCACUGUUGCAUGCCUGCCUGCCGAUCUGUCUUUGCAUCUACCUGAGCCUAACAUGCAUCUGAUUGAUUGAUUGAUUGAUUGAUUCUGCUGCCUGCCUUGUCUUCAGCUUGAGCUGCUGCUGAGCUCAUCCAGCUUGUGUUGCCCACUUGCAGUAUAGUAGCAUGCAGCAGCAGCUUGAAUUGAAUUGCAUCGAUUCAGCUUCACUUGUUGCCUUGUUAUCGAUCAGCAUCCUCUUCAUCUCAUCUCAUCAGAUUCAGAUGCUAUUUAUCUUCUCAUCAGCAACAUGAUUUGAUUUGUUCACGCAGCAAGACAAGAAGGCGUUGACAGAUGAUGGAUCGACAUAUGGAGGACUCCAGCACGUUCCUACAGUGGGCAAUGAACCAUCUCCAGCACCACCAGCACCCGGCCACCGCCGCCGCCGCCGCCGCAUACCAGCAGGAAGGUGGCGCUGGUGUUGGUGCCCGCAUCAGCGGCGGCGCCGGAGAUCAGGAGAUUCAGGACGCCGCCGCCGCCUUCCCGUCGCUCCAGGUGCUCCGCGCCUCCCAGCCACAGACGGCCGUGCCCGCCAGCGUCCGAGUCCGGGACCUGACGGUGCAGGUGGGUGACUACGGCGGCCUGACCAACAGCAGCAGCUCCGGCGACAGCCCCGGCGCGGGCGCGGGCGCCGCCAUGGACCACGACGCGGUGGCCGCCGCGUGGUCCCCCCACACCGCGCGCUCCAGGACCACGGGCCUUGGCGGCGGCAGCAACAGCAGGCCGGUCAGCUGGAACUUCAGCGCCGCGUCGGCGCUGCCAGCGGACGACCGCGGCGCCGUCGCGGUCGCCCUGCCGGACGCCACGGCGGCGGUCGCGAGGGUGCAACAACGUGCUGCGUCUGCGUCUGCGGGGAGGAGAGGGGGCAGCGCCGGCCCAUCCGCUGCGGCAACGUCGCCGGGGCCUGUGCAGGACCACAUCAUCGCCGAGCGGCGGCGGAGGGAGAAGAUCAACCAGCGGUUCAUCGAGCUCUCCACUGUCAUCCCCGGCCUCAAGAAGAUGGACAAGGCGACCAUUCUUGGGGACGCGGUGAAGUACGUGAGGGAGCUGCAGGAGAAGGUGAAGGGCCUCGAGGAGGAUGGAGCCGCCGGUGGCAGCGGCAGCAUUCAGUCGGCAGUGCUCGUCACGAAGCAGCAAUGCCAUAUGUCCGAGGACGAGGCCAUGGCGAGCAGCCAUGGCGGUAGCGGUGGCGCCGACGGCGGUAUGCAGCUACCGGAGAUCGAGGCACGGCUGUCGGAGAGGAGCGUGCUGCUGCGGAUCCACUGCUACAGCGCGAGGGGGCUGCUGGUGAGGGUGAUCUCGGAGGUGGAGCAGAUGCAGCUCUCCAUCACCCAUACCAAUGUCAUGCCCUUCCCAGCCUCCACUGCCAUCAUCACCAUCACAGCCAAGGUGGAGGAGGGAUUCAAUGCCACGGUAGAUGAGAUCGUGAGAAGGAUUAACUCCGCGCUGCGCCAACAUUAUAGCAGCAGUUCUGAAGAAACAAGAGGAUAAAAAGUAGACUGCUGAAGAGGCUCAGCCAUGCUUGUCUCCAUAUCCAAGCUAGAGGGGAAGAAGGGCAGGGCUUCUAAUAAUUUAUGAGCAAUCAAACCUCUUUCAUCUGAUGAAGAUAUAAAAGUCUGAGAUCAGACAGAAAGUCAUGGUGGGGAAUGAAUUCUAGUCAUGCUGCAUGCAGUGCAGUAGCCUCAACAUCACAUUCACCAUGUGCCCAUGCAUGCAUGCACACGAAACUGCGAUCAUCAGGUAAAAAUUAUGAUGAAAAGAUGGCACACACAUCAUGUCGAUUGGCAUGUUGAUGGAUGCAUGCAUGACGAGAAUCUCUUAGCCACAAGUUGCAAGUUUUGGUCCAAGUCGUACCUUUUGUUUGUUGCUCAAUCAAAAUCACUGAGAGAAUCAAAUGACCUUUUGCUUCAUGUCAGAAUUUUGCUUGUUUUCAGAGAAAAGAACUGACUGCUAUAUUGUUUUUAUUUACAAGUUGCAUUGUUUGCAUCAAAACUCAAUCCUUUCAUUUCAUAUAUACUAUAUAUGACAACACACUCGAUUGGUCUCCAGAAUAUAUAAUUUCAUUUUGAAAAAUACUAUAUGAUUAGAUUAUAUGAUCAAAGUAGCACUAAACGAGAUACGAUAUCCCCUACAUGUCAAAUGAUUAGUCCAUUUGUUUAAAAUAUCACCAUUGUUGUUUUGAAAGAGUAGGAAAUUCCAUUAUACCUUGGUAUAGAAGUAUAGUGGCAAUAUAUAUGUCUGACCCUCUGACUCAUGUAUGAGUCAUGCAUCGAUAAGAAAUAGAUUUUCACUGUACAAAGAUCUGAUCCUCACCAAAAGAAAAUGCUACAAAGGUAUAUGAUUUAAUGUUGUGUUAGUUGGAUGUUCCGUAUCCACCAUUUGUUUAAGAGAUAUCGCGUGAUCUGUACAGCACUGAAGAUACGAAGCUCCCCGGUCAGCAAAUUAAAUCAAAGAUAGAGCUGCAUUUUUUUUGGGUGGUGAGAUACAGAGAAAGGCUGCUGUUGAGAUAUGCAGUGCAAAGUUGGCACAGUGUGUUGUUCGCAUAAAAUGCAACAUGUCUUCGGUUGGUAUAGCAAGCUAAGGUGACUGAAGAUAUGCAUCAGAUCAUCAUCGUGUACUACGCAACUGUAUUAUAUAUAUUCUGCAGCAAGUAGUUGCAUACCAA